ACAGGGAUGUAGAACAUAAGAAAGACGUGGAAAACAUGGCCAAGAACAACAAAAAAACUGCACUGGUCUACCAUGUGUCCACCAAGAAACAUCAAUUUGAUUUUGCGAACAAAGAAAUUCUGAAAAAAGUCCGGUCAAAACGAACGAUCAAAAUACAUGAAGCGAACAAAAUCAUUCUUAAAGGAAAUUCAGCUGUGAACUUCAGAAAAGAUGCAGCUCAUGUAUCGCCAAUGUUCUACAAUCUGAUCGUGAAUAGUGGAAAACGCCGCCAUGUGAACCCCCCUCGAAGACGGAAUGAUGAAAUGAAUCUGCAACAGAUGUUUGAGUGACAGGUGAAAUUGUCAAGUGACAAACAUAAACAAACGAGACUGUAAGCAAGUGAUAAGGAAAAACCAAGAAAUUGAUUAAGUUUGUUUACAACCUAGUAGUAAGCCCUUUGAAGAUGACUGGUCACACAGUCGAAAGCUAGGCUAAAAUUUGGUCACAUCAACUUUUGGAGUUUUAAUUUUGUCGAAUCCAGGCGAUACAACGCAAUAUCCAAUUUCGUUCUAAAUCGACAAGCAAUACAACAACUAUAAACGUUAAUUUUUGGUGAUCCUGGAAAAUGAUCACCGCCGCUGUUAGCCAUAACCUCAACAGCAGCCAAUACGAAAACACGCCCAGCGAAAUCAACAUCGAUCGCAGGCGUUCAAAAAAUCAAUGGAAAAAGCUAGCCAGACAAAAAUCAAGGCUCGUCUUCCUAUUGAAAUGCCGUCGCAAGAGCAUUUCACCAAAAUUCAUCAUCGAUCGGACCAACCGUCUACUACAGCACUACGAUGGUAGCAGCAUACCCAAGCAAGUGAAAAACCAAGUAAAAAAGUUGUCGGAAUACAUCAGACGGACAAUUCUCAACAUGGAAAUAUCGAUUUGCAACAAAUCCAUUGAAACAAUUGAGACCAAAAUUAAAUCUACUGAAUUGGAUUUACGACCCAAUCACACAACGACACACGACAACCGAACGAUCUAUGAGAAUGAGUUGAGGUCAGCAAAUACAAAUCUACACAACAAGUUAUGCAAGCUGACUGAUACACAGCCACACCUGGAGGACAUCAAGUACGAUGAUUCGUUCAUUAAAAACCUUAGUGGCGUGGACAUACCCGAAGAUGUCAUGACGGUGCUAAGCUUGGGACCAAAAUUCGCAAUUCAUCCCACGAGAGAGCCAAUUUUGGAGGUAGCAACGGAUGUCGAGGCUAUCAUUUCACAACAAAUCCCAAAACCGCUCAGAAAAUCAGCCAGAGGCGACGUAUUGUACACCAUCACAAAGUUCUCCAAACAGCACAGAGAACUGAACCGAAUUGACCGUUUCUUACAAAAGGCGGCGGAAAAAGCCAGAAACUUUCUCAAAACCCACCGAGAAAUUAUGGUCUCCAACAGCGAUAAAGGAGGAGUCACGAUCAUCUCAAGGAAAGAAGAAUAUUUCACCAAAAUACGAACACUAUUGUCCGACCUAAAUUCGUUCGAACCAAUCAGCAAAGAUCCAACCGAACAGCUGAAGGGCAGGGUGAACCGAUUCCUGGACAAACUCUAUCGUGCAAACUACAUUUCCGACCAGGUCAAGAAAAACAUGAAAACCUGGAACACCAUUCCUCCACGCCUUUUUGGUCAAAUCAAAUACCACAAGGUAGGCCAUCCGAUUAGACUAAUAGUGUCUACUAUUGAUUCAGCGGCGUACAAGAUGGCAAGGUUCCUGGCUACGAUCCUGCGGAAGGCUUUCAAGCCAAAAUUUGGAAUAAAAAAUUCAAAACAGUUUAUAAAAGCAAUUCGAGGCAAAAGAAUCACAAAAGGCAACAUUCUGGUCUCAUACGACGUGGUCAACUGUUUUGGCACAAUCCCAACUGAGUUGGCAUUGGAGAUAAUAGACCGUGAUUUUCACCACAUUGAGCAAGUCACACCCAUUCCGAAAGAAGAAUUCCUCAAAAUGCUGAAAAUUUGUUUGGAGCAAGCGAAUUACUUUGUAUUCGCAGGCAAAUUCUACCGCCAAAAAUUGGGUAUGUUUAUGGGCUCCGCUUUGGCCCCAAUAUUGGUCGAACGAGUCAUUGAAGACAUUGUGGAAAAGGCGAUCAUCGACACAAACCUAGAUCCAGAUUUUUGGAACACAUACGUUGAUGAUCAUAUUACAUCAAUCCCACCUGAAAUGGCCGAUAAAGUACUCAAUAAACUUAACUCCUACAACCCCAAUGUUCAAUUCACAAUGGAAAAGCAAGACGAUGACGGCUCCAUUGUGUUCCUGGACACAACAGUGCACAACGAUGGAAACACACUCAAAACGAAAUGGUUCCACAAACCGAUCGCAUCCAAUCGACUGCUGAACUAUUAUUCUAAACAUCCAAAGAAUAUGGUCAUCAACACAGCAAAAUCGUUCAUCCGGCGAGUGUUCACGUUGAGCCACUCAUCGUUCCACCAGGAAAACCGAUUGACCAUCAAAGCGAUAAUGGACAAGAACAAUUUUCCGGCUAAACUGACUGAACGACUAAUCCACCAAGUGAACCAGAUGAUGUCCAGCCAAACAUCGAAAGGUAAUAUAAGUUACCCGCUCAUUAGCAGGAUGGAAAUUGCUGGCACGUCGUUAUCAGCCGAUGUAUCGGAAAUUAACUCACCACCACCGAAUGCAAACUCGACCAGAAUAGACACAACAAUAACACCAGCUGUUCAAACACAGCCAAAGAAAAAUCGGUUUGCAGGAAUGGCUUACAUUCCCGGAUUAACUGAAGCAGUUGCAAAGCAAGUCGGAAAAUAUGCACCGGAUCUGAAAAUAGCCCCAAGACCUACAAAUAAGGUGGCCAGCAUUUUCUCCAAUAUGAAACACAAACUCAGACCAGGUCAAUGUUCGAAUGUGGUGUAUAACAUUCCUUGUCGGAACUGCCCCAGAAGCUACGUAGGAUGCACGUGUCGCCGGCUCGAUGACAGGGAUGUAGAACAUAAGAAAGACGUGGAAAACAUGGCCAAGAACAACAAAAAAACUGCACUGGUCUACCAUGUGUCCACCAAGAAACAUCAAUUUGAUUUUGCGAACAAAGAAAUUCUGAAAAAAGUCCGGUCAAAACGAACGAUCAAAAUACAUGAAGCGAACAAAAUCAUUCUUAAAGGAAAUUCAGCUGUGAACUUCAGAAAAGAUGCAGCUCAUGUAUCGCCAAUGUUCUACAAUCUGAUCGUGAAUAGUGGAAAACGCCGCCAUGUGAACCCCCCUCGAAGACGGAAUGAUGAAAUGAAUCUGCAACAGAUGUUUGAGUGACAGGUGAAAUUGUCAAGUGACAAACAUAAACAAACGAGACUGUAAGCAAGUGAUAAGGAAAAACCAAGAAAUUGAUUAAGUUUGUUUACAACCUAGUAGUAAGCCCUUGAAGAUGACUGGUCACACAGUCGAAAGCUAGGCUAAAAUUUGGUCACAUCAACUUUUGGAGUUUUAAUUUUGUCGAAUCCAGGCGAUACAACGCAAUAUCC